UGCGUGUAUAUUAGACAGGAUGAUCUCGCCGUUGAGGAACUGAUUCCUUUGCGGAUCAUUGUGAACACUAAGAGAGCCACCCACUACCUCCAUAGGGGCUAUAGCAAUCAUGAACACCCUUUUGCGCCUUUCAGGCUGCGUCCUCGCAUUUUUCCUUGCCUCUGCCUCUAGCAAGCCCAUUGGGUCUCCUAUUCCUCGUUAUUUCCAGCGAGACCUCAUUACCCCCGCUGAUAUCACUUCUGACCAAGUCCGGAAGGAUCUUGGCAGUAUAAUAUCCAAUACUUCUUUGAUCUUCGGAUCAUCAAGUGAUGCCUGGGCCGACGCGACUGACAGAUGGAACUAUUAUUCCAAGCCAAAUAUCCAGGCCGUGAUACAGGUGGGACAGGAGUCAGACGUCGCGAAAGUUGUCAAGUAUUGUAACGAGAACAGCAUCGAAUAUCUCGCAUAUUCCCGAGGUCAUGGUAUGACCACGACCAUAGCGAAGAUGAAAGGAGGAGUCGAGAUAAAUCUGUCGCAGUUGAGCGAUGUCACUAUUCAGCCUGGGAAGAAGACAGCAAUUCUUCAAGGUGGUGCUUACGCAGACAAAAUCCUGAACACGCUCCUUCCUCAGGGAUACACUGCAGUGCUCGGAGCCAAUGGCUGUGUCGGUUUUGGAGGGCUGUCUCUCGGCGGUGGCCUUGGACGACUGCAAGGGCAAUAUGGACUUGUGAGCGAUAACAUUAUCAGCAUGAACGUCGUACUAGCCGACGGUUCAACGGUCACGGUAAACGAGAAUAGCCACAGUGACCUCUUCUGGGCUAUGCGAGGUGCUGGUCACAAUUUCGGUAUAGUGACACAGUUCAAGAUCAAGAUUUAUCCUGUGAACGGGCCUACUUGGCAUUACCACUCUUACGUUUGGCGCCAGGACAAGCUUGAAGCUGUUUUCAAGGCUCUAAACGACCUCCAGGGAGUGGGGAAGCUGCCUGCUAAGAUGGGAGCAAGCCUUGGCCAGAUCUCUAUCAACUCGAGCGUCAGCACGACCGAGGCUGUGAUUUCCUGGACCUUUGCAUAUGACGGUUCUGGCAAGGAGGCCGAAAGGUACCUCGCUGCUUUCAACAAGAUCCCAGCUAUUGUGAACCAGCAGGGCGAUGUAUCGUAUCCAGAGCUACUUGUAGUCCAGGAAACCGACUCUGCUAGUGCCUCUUGCUCCUCCCAACGAUAUAUCGGCGCCAGUGCCAAUAUGCAGACAUACAAUGUCACAACCCAGCGUGCUCUGUACAACCUCUUCAACAAAAAUGUGGCCUUACAGCCUGACUUUGGUGCCAACGCUCGUCUCUACUACGAAGGCUUCUCUAGCAUUGGAAGUCAAGCGAUCGAUGCUGCCUCGACGGCGUAUCCGCAUCGUGACGAAUACCUCCCAGCAUACUUCAUAACAGCAGUGCCAGAAGGAAAGGAAGAUGCUGCUCGGCAAUGGGCUUAUGCAUCUCGCGAUAUGUGGAAUCAAGGCCAGCCCAAUCGUCGUCCGACCGCCUACGUCAACUUUGCCGCUGGUGAUGAGUCUCGUGAGAUGAUAUACGGCCAGGAACCAUGGCGUCUACAGAAACUUCGCAAACUCAAGGCCAAGUAUGACCCCAACAACAGGUUCAGAUGGUUUAACCCCAUCAUCCCGCCAAAUUAGGCAAAGAUACCCCUUCUCCUAAGUGGCUAGUCAAACCAAUGUGGAAAUGUAUAUAUAUUGGGGUCAUCCAGG